GUAUUUCUGUCAGCUGUCACAACGUGAGAGUUGAAAGUCAAGUGGAAGCAAAACCUUAAAAUACUAUGAAAUAUGUUAUUUAUGGCGACUCGGUGCUUUUGCUUCAUGUUUUGGCUGUAGCGGGGUUUUGUUUCGUAGAGUAACGUUUGUAGGGAUGUAUCAGGCUGUAACUAAAAUUCUUUCUAUUUCAUCAACUGCAUCAGUUUCUUGGGGUAUUUCGCUAGGUAUUCGACAUUAUUGCACGAAAACACCAAUAAAACUACGAGUAUCCGACGCACUUUUGGGUGCUAAGCUUGGAGCAAACGUGAGAGUUCAGGGAUGGGUUCGUUCUGUUAGACCACAGAAGUCCAAUGUUUUCCUUCAUGUGAAUGAUGGAAGCUCCUUGCAGUCUUUGCAAGUUAUUGCUGAACCAAAGCUGAAUGAUCCGUUGCUCACAUUUGGUUGUGCAGUUGAUGUCAUAGGUACACUUAAGAAAAGUCCACAUCAAAAACAGCCAGUUGAACUGGAAGCAGCCCAAAUCAAUAUAGUUGGAGAAUGUAACCCAGUGGAUUUUCCCUUUAAAAUCAAAGAGAGACACAGCCUUGAGUACAUUCGCCAGAUUCCUCAUCUCAGGUGUCGAACAAAUGCCUUUAGUUCUCUGCUGAGGAUACGAAGUGAGGCUACUACAGCAAUCCAUUCAUAUUUUAAGAACAAUGGCUUUGUGCAGAUUCAUACUCCAAUCAUCACCUCAAACGACUGUGAAGGGGCAGGGGAGCUCUUUCAGGUUGAGCCAACAGGCUCCGAAUAUGUGGAUGAUGAAAAGUUUUUCUCUGUACCCGCCUUCUUGACUGUAUCAGGACAGCUUCAUUUGGAAGUAAUGUCAGGAGCGUUUUCCAGAGUCUAUACAUUCGGGCCAACUUUUCGUGCAGAGAACUCCCAAAGCAGACGCCAUCUAGCUGAGUUUUUCAUGGUAGAGGCAGAGAUCUCCUUCACUCAAUCCUUAGAGGAUCUCACCAAGGUCAUGGAGGACAUGUUCAGAUCAGCCACUGAGCAUGUAUUGGCUCAGUGUGCGGAGGAUCUGGGUUUGUUUCACAAGCAUGUGACUCCUGGACAUAGGGAAACUUUAGACGCUAUGCUGAGCAAGAGCUUCCCUGUGAUUACCUACAGUGAGGCUAUAGACAUUUUAAACCGCAGCUCUGAGAAAUUUACCUUCCCUACAGAUUGGGGUUGUGACCUUAUGACAGAACAUGAGAAAUACCUGGUGAAACAUUGUGACAACAUUCCAGUCUUUGUCACUGAUUAUCCUUAUGACCUGAAGCCUUUUUAUGCAAGAGACAACCAGGACCAUCCAAAGCAUACAGCAGCUGCAGUGGACCUUCUUGUGCCAGGAGUUGGAGAGCUCUGUGGGGGCUCGCUAAGAGAGGAGAGGCUGAACCUACUGAGGGCUCGACUGGAAGAGGUUGGACUAGAAGACACCUACAGCUGGUAUCUGGAUUUGAGACGUUUUGGUUCUGUCCCUCAUGGCGGCUUUGGACUGGGAUUUGAGAGAUACUUGCAAUGCAUUCUUGGUGUUGACAACAUAAAAGAUGUGAUUCCUUUCCCAAGAUUUUCCCAUUCAUGUCUUCUAUAAAAGGAAAAAAAAUGAACCUUAGAAGGACUCAAACAGUUUAUUGUUAAGGCACAUUAAAUAAAUGCACAACAUGAUCUUUUUUCCUGUCUGUGUUCAAAUGUUAUUUUCUUUGAAGAGGUAUCUGCAUCUCUAAUAUUAACACAUUGAUCUUUGGAAUUUAAACAAUAGAAUAAUUUCUCAGUCAAAAUUA